UAUUUUUUGCUCCCCAAUUCUAAUAUCUAAUACGUAAUAAGUGAAACAUAAGGUAUCGACAUUUCAUGCGCCAAUGCAUUGCUUAAUUUUUUCCUUAUGUACAUCGAUCAAGCACGAUAUUCCAUCACGUUUUACUUCACAUUAUCCCCUACAUAACAGACAUAAUACAUCAUCUAUAUCUCUUAACCAAAUUCCUAGUUCAUUUUCCUUGAUAUUAUCUCUGUUUUCCCAGAAAUUCUAUGCCUUGCGUCCCUAUUCCCCGCCGAGAGCUCUCAGCUGAGCACACCGAAUUGUGCUUGUCAGUUCAUGGCUUCUAGAUUCCCGGCGAUUCCCUGAGCCAGAAGUAUUUUUUUCUUCUUCCUGUUACUUCUUUUAAAUAUCUGAAAUUAAGCCCAGGUGUUUAUCAGUUGUAUCAAACCAGCGUAACAUUGUCGCGGCGUGGAGUAUCGUAAAACUUUCACGGGGUACCGCAAGAUGUUCCUGUUCUUAAAGCCGUCGAAAUCGAGUCGUUUCCUGCGCAGAAUCAAGCUAGGUUGUUUAGGUCAUUUCACUAAAUAUAUCGACCUGUUCGCUGUUGUGUGCUCAGGUAUUUGAAUAAAUCCUGACUAACUAUGGCGUCUUUUCAAAAGCUACAUAGUUGACAGAUCAUGUGUUAAGCCUUAACAAAAGAAAUGGCAUUGUAAAAGAGGGCUGGGCGCGUUUAGGCUACGGGAACAAGAGGUCUUGCCCUUACGAAGCUUGCAAUUUAAGUAAAACGACACCACAGGCCUUUGUAUAAGUUUGGGCUUAUUUUCUUUUGUUAUGUUUAUGAAUCAUGUGUAUUGGAAAUACAUUCUAGUACGUUUGGGCACAGGAGUGGAGAGCGAACCACGCCCGAGGAGACUGCUUAGUUUUAGGCUUACUAAGCAAAGGUAGAAUUACUCAAGAGACACGAAGUGACGUUUGUAGUCUACCAAGAGAAUGUCCUAGAGGAUACACCCAAAUCUGACACUAGGACAGGCGUACAACUUUAAUUUUUAAAGAAAGUUCGAGAAAAUGGCAGGUGCAACACGGAAGUUACCGCUCUGCCUUCUUCUAACAUGUGCCAUAGUAUCUACGGGGCUGGUAAAAUCUAAUGACUUCAACUUUGUUUGUCCACAAGGCUGGCAUCUCUAUGAAGGUGACUGCUACCAGAUAGUUGUGACUCCUUUAACAUGGAGAGACGCCAGGGACUCCUGCAGGAGUUAUGGUGCUGAAUUGGUGACUGUCAAAGAUUCUGUAAAGAACUCAAAAGUGGGAGAAUUUUUCAAAGCUGCAAGCAAUGAAACAUUAUUUUGGAUUGGUUUAAUAAGGCGGGACAAUGUCCCAGUGGCCAAUGCCUCCAAUGCCAUGUGGGCUGACAGCCGGGACUGGGACCUUAAGUGUGGCUGGUGGAGUGCGGGACAGCCCAGUGUGGACAACAUGGGCUGUGUUGCUACGCGUAUCCAUGGCUCAUCUUACUCCUGGGAGAUGGCUCCGUGUGGCAGCAAGGCAGGCUCCGUGUGUCAGAGCGCAGCGUGCGCUGCAGGCAUGUUCCGCUGCGCUAACAGUUUGUGCCUCAAUGGCAGCGUGGAAUGCAAUGGGAUGGAUGACUGCGGCGACGGCUCUGAUGAGAUGAACUGCCCAUCUGAGUGCACUCAUGAACUCACUGGUGAGUCAGGAACCCUGAUGAGCCCUAACUAUCCCAGUAACUACGAGGCUAACAAGUUGUGUACAUGGACCAUUGUGGGAGAUGUCGGCACUAGGGUGUCGCUAAAGUUUGAUGAAUUUGACACGGAAAAAGAUCAAGACUUUGCAACUAUAUAUAUUGGUGGAAAGACAGAGAACUCCAGCAUGGAGUUGAUGACCUUGACCGGACAGCCAGACGUCCGUCUGCCAAUAUUCAGCACCAACAAUUUCAUGAUUGUCAAAAUGAGCACUGAUAAAUCUGUGCAGAAAAAAGGGUUCACAGCAACUUGGACCUCAAAAUUCCAGUGUGAUAUGUACAUGCUGGAGAAGAGGAUGCAGAUGAUGGAGGGUUAUAUGGCCAUGAAUGUCACCAAUCCUGACAGCUGUGUGACAGCUUGCUUGAAUGACACCCAGUGCAAUGCCUUCAGUUAUCAGAAAGAUACAAAACAGUGUGUGUUCCAUAACUCAUUUGGAAGCUUCAUGGAAACUGAGGGCUGGGACUAUUAUGUCAAGAGUUGUCCUGAUACAAGAGGAAAAUCUGAAAAAACCUUGGCUCAAAGCCACUCCUUGGUGGCCAGUUCUACCCCCAUGUUACUGGUGUCGCCCCUGUACCCCAUAGGAUACAUGCCAAGACUGGCAGUGACAUGGCUGAUCACAGCGGGAAUUAGACAAGUUAUCACACUACAGGUGUUGGACUUAUCACUGGCAGAUGAUGACUACAUCCAAGUCAGGGACGGAUCUUCUCUGUCCUCGGCGCUGCUAGCAGAACUACGUAUGGAGCGGAAGGACGUGUAUGUGGUGUCCACGGCUGAUAAGAUGUUUGUCUCCAUGGUAACACAUACUAAGAGAGGCAGAGGAAUGCUGGCUCGUUAUAGAGAAGGGUGCAACGUCAGGAUGAACAAAACUUCAGGCAUGUUUCAAUCCCCUGGUUAUGGUGUUGUCAACUAUCCCAGCAAUCAGAAAUGUGUCUAUCACAUUGGUAACCCUGACAACAGAGCUAUGACAGUCAUGUUUGAUGGAACAUUUGGCAUUGACCGAACAGACUCUCUCUCGUUUUAUGAUGGUCCAAAUGCAGCAGCACCACUGUUGGAAAUUUUCUCUGGUACAAACACUCUCCCCAGUCCAAUCAUCACCAUGGCCAGUGUACUCCAUGUGGAGCUCAUUACUGGCACUAUCAGUAAUGAUGUUGGAUUCAGUGUACAUUUUUCUGCUGCCUGCCCUGACCCUGGCUUCAACGCAGAGACCAGUGUGUCACCCAGUGGCCCCCCUGUUACCUACAUGUCAGAGUUGACUGUGUCCUGUCCAUCAGGGUAUGAGUUUCAGCACGACGCCUAUGUCAACAUGACCUCAGUUGCAAUGAAGUGUGAACUGAAUGGAAAGUGGAAUGUGACUAUUAUACCCCAGUGUAAACCCAAGUAUUGUGGCCUGCCACCUAAAGUGACAAACGGAUUCGUCUUGUCAACCACUGGAGUCACAUACAAUAAGAUGGCGACCUAUGAAUGCUUUGGUGGCUACAAUCUCACAGGACUGGUAUCCAUCGCCUGUCAGGCAGAUGGGACAUGGCAGACAGCACCAACAUGUCAAGCCUCCUCGUGUCCUGUGGCUCAGAACAUCAGCAACGCCAAACUAGAAAUCCUUAGUGGAGACGGCACCGAGUUCACCAGCCUGGUCAAGUAUACGUGUAACCAUGGUUACCAGAUAGUGGGCGUGCCUUCCUUCACCUGUCUGUCCACAGGACAGUGGUCCAGUCCACAGCCCUCCUGUGAAAGGUUGGAAUGCUGUAACUUCCCAGAGAUCAAACAUGGCAGCUUGUCAUAUAGCUCCCCAGUGAGAUAUGAGGACAAUAUCACUAUUAACUGUGACACUGGGUACACACUGGAUGGUAACAAUACCCUGGAGUGUAGGGGAGACAGGACAUUUGACCAGCCCCCUAUGUGUAUAGAUGUUGAUGAGUGUGCCAGUAAUAAUGGUGGCUGCUCCUCCAGCUGUAAGAACACCAAUGGUAGUUAUGUCUGCUCCUGUCCUGAUGGCUACAGACUGGCAGCAGACAAACACAGCUGUGAUGACAUAGAUGAGUGUUCAGAAGGCACCAGUGGUUGCACACAGAUCUGUAACAAUGAACUGGGGUCCUACAACUGCUCCUGUAACACCACAGAAGGCUACGUCCUGUACACCACCAAUGGCACAGAGAUGUACUACAUCCCAGACAUCGAAACUGGACUGAGAAAGGGAGACUCCUACCACAUCAACCACACUUGUGUUUUGCGCAUGUGCCCCUCACCUGCCAAUGCCAUCAUCAAUGGCAAGUUCCUGUCAGGGGCAUACAUCUUCCGUGUUGGUGAACGUGCCAGCUACCAGUGUGACCUGGGCUAUGUGAUGGACGGGUCAACCUCCAUGACAUGUGGUGCUGAUGGACAGUGGAUUGGAGAGCCACCUAGGUGCAAUGUUGCCACUUGUCCCCCACUUAACCUGACUGGUCUGAGUGCCCCCCCAGUGGUCAGUCCCAGCUCAGCUGUACCCUAUAUGUCAGUGGUCAAUAUGACCUGUACAGUGGACGGCUACAAUGACCCAGUGGUCAGAACCAGGCAAUGUCUCUAUGACAGGACCACCAAUAUGUACAGACUGAUGGGAGACAGGCUGGAAUGUCCAGUAAUUGACUGUGGAGACCCUGGUGUCAUUUCUGGCUCUAACUACACAGUGGGUGGAACCAACUUUGGGGAUUCAUUCACCUUUGUCUGUAGUCGUCUGAACACCCUCCAAGGACAGUCCACCAUGGGUGACCAUGUGGUCCGCUGCAGGAACAACUCCCGCUGGGACUUUGGAGACUUGGCCUGCAAAGGUGACACGUGUCUUGACCCUGGUCGUCCAGCUGAUGGCUAUCAGAACGCCACCAGGUACGAGCAAGGAUCUCUGGUCACGUACACCUGUCUCCGUGCAGGGUAUGAGCCCCGUCCUGAGUUCCCACUCAUGUGUAUCGUGGUGGGAGAUAAACUGCAGUGGAAUGCAUCUGUCCCUACCUGUGAAGAUGUGGAGUCACCACAGUUAAUGAACUGCCCCCAGGAGGUGAUGUAUGUGAAGAAGUAUUACGCUGCUGGUAUCAUCCCACCGUCUGCCACUGACAACUCAGGCAUGGCCACCGUCACCGUCAGUCCCGCCACCUUCCUGCCAAACCUGACCCUCACUGAGCCUGUCAAUGUCACCUAUACCGCCACUGAUCCAUCAGGCAAUGCCGUCUCUUGCAUGGUACAGAUUAGAAUUAGAUCUGAGAUGCCCCCCAGUCUCACCUGCCCUGACCCAGUGAUGGUGUACAUAGAAAACAACACACUGCCCAAGACUGUCCAGUUCACAGGGGCGAUGGCCAGUGCUGGGGCCACGGUGACAUAUGAACCCUCAGAAAUGACCUAUAAUGCCUCAGACAUAGACAACCUACAGGCCCCUGUAGUGGUGACAGCCAGGGAUAUGAUGAAUAAUACUGCCCAGUGUAGAUUCCAUGUGGCCGUCAAAGCUGCUAACUGCACCCCCUGGGCUCUGCCUGCACCUGUCAAUGGCAUGAAGAGCUGUAUGAUGUCACCAGGUGGAGGUUACACCUGUACCAUGAUGUGUGAUGCUGGUUACGCCUUUGAACAGGCUGCUGGUGACCUCAGUUAUACCUGUGAUGGUAGUCAGGACUGGGCGCCUGGUAACUAUGUGCCCGACUGUGUGGCUACAAGCAAAGCUCUUUUUACCUUUUCCUUGAGGCAGACAUACGAUGCAACUGGGGGAGUCCUCAAUGAUACCUGUAUUCAGGAAUACACAGCACAUUUCAACAGGGAAAUCAUGGCGGUGACUCGUGCUUUUGAGGUUAAUUUGGAAAGAUUUUAUGUCCCAGGGACAAACAUGACGGCCAUCAUCAGUGACACAGCCAUGGGAGUACUGAGUGCCACGCAGGUGGAUCUGAAUAUGACCUUCAUUUUUACUCCAAGGAACAUUUCAGACUCUGACUAUACAAGCAUGCGGAUAUUUGUCUCUACUAUCUUCAACACGGGAGGAAGCCAGGUUAAUCCUGUGAAGCAGCUGACAGGAUCGAUUGGUUGCGCCACAGUGACAGCCAAGUUAAGCACGGUUGAGAGCAACUUCGUGGACUACAGAUGUCUCAGCAAUAGCAAAGUUCGAUAUCAAACUGAUGACAACAUCUGCUUGGAGUGUCCAUCAGGCCAGUACAGAUCAGGUGGCAUGUGUCACCUGUGUCCACUGGGGACGUACCAGGACAUGCAGGACCAGACCAGUUGUACGCAGUGUCCAGUAGGUACCUGGACGUACAGCAUGGGCAGCAAUAAGAGACAAGACUGCAGGGCCACCUGUGGCAAUGCUGCAGGGUUCAUGUCUGACACCAGACUGCCGCCAUGCAUGGAGUGUCCUGUGAACUCGUACUCCGUGAACAGCACGUACUGCGAGCAGUGUCCUGGUGGGACUGUCACACACGGCACGGGGAAGGACAAUGUCACAGACUGUGAAUUGGCCUGUCCCCUGGGUUAUUACUCCUUUGAUGGGUUCUUCCCGUGCCAGGCCUGUCCCAGGGGAUUCUACCAGGAUACCAAGCAGAGUCUGUCCUGUCAGGAGUGUCCAGCCAAUACCACCACUCUGAUGACCGCGGCCACUCACCUGGACAACUGUACUGAUAUUGCAACCACAGUGUGUACUAACACCACCUGUGCUAACAUGGGCACCUGUUACCCCCAGGGUCACACCUACUACUGCAUGUGUCCAGCAGGUUAUACUGGUCGUCACUGCGAGGUGAUGAUCAACCACUGCGACUCUAUGCCAUGCCACUAUGGAGCCCAGUGUACGCCUGUCGUAGAUGGCUUCACCUGUAACUGCAGCACUGCUAACAGAGCAGGAGAAACAACCUACACUGGUCUGAGAUGUGAGAAUGAAACCAGUCAGUGCAGUAACGGGACUGGUUUCCCCAUCCACGAUUGCAAGAAUGACGCCAUGUGUCAGGACCUGGAAGCAGGCUUCAACUGUCUGUGUCUGUCCACGGGAAGUUUCACUGGAGACAAGUGUGAGACAACCAGAAACAUUUGCCUCGAGGAACAAUGUCAGAAUGGAGCUGCUUGUAUGCCUAUCGGAGCCACAGCCAUCAGACGAGAGUGCCUAUGUCGGCCAGGGUAUACUGGAUAUGAAUGUGAAACCAUGAUAGAUUACUGUCUGUCCAACCCAUGUCAACAUGGCGGCUCCUGCACCCCAGCAGAGAACAGUUACACCUGUGACUGCCCACCUGGUUACUAUGGCAACCACUGUGAGAUGAUCAUUGACCAGUGUGCUGGCAACCCAUGCGGUGCAGGCAACGUCUGUGUGGACAACCACAUAACGGGUCUACACAUGUGCGUGGAGGCACGGGUUUGGGGACAGAGUAUGUGUCCAGACGGCACAGUGGAGUUGGCCGGAGCAUGCCAUACUGUUAUCGACAUGCGUGGGUUGAACCAGAGUGAGGCAAAGGCAGCAUGUGCAGCGACAUCUGGUGAACUUGGCAGCACAGGACUGCCUUUCUUCACAGCUGGCAUGGAGGCCACUCUCACAGCCAUGAAAGUUAUGGACCUGGGUGUUGUGUGGGUGUCAGACAUGGAAGAUACCAACACGUCCAUGUGCAGCGUGGUUGUGGCCGCCAGCAGGAUGGUGGAACACGUGUCCUGUGGUAACGACACUGUGGCGCAUGGCUUCCUGUGCUCGUAUGCUAUGCCAGCCUCUGAUAAAAAUACUAAUUUCCGUGGCUUCACCAAGAGAGAAGGUUCCUGUGCAGCCAAUACCAUCCCAGGCCUGGCAGCCAACAGGUCACUGAAGGACUGCCACUAUAUGUGUAAUGUCCACACCAGCUGUGCAGGCUUCUCCUACGACUUCUCCACUGGGCUGUGUAGUCCCUAUGCCAGGAUGUGCUACUCCCUGUCUGCUAACCCCAAUGUCAUGACAUAUGAGAGAACAGAAAUCAGCUGCUACCAGAGCUACCCAGGCACAUGUGGCGGUAGCCUUUUCCCCCUGAUCUUUGUUCCGGGGACCCUCCAAGAGUGUGCUGACCAGUGCAGCAGUGAUGACAACUGCAAGGCCAUCAUCUACAACACGGGUGUGGUCAGCGGAACUAACACCGCCUGCGUGGCCAUGUCUGCCGGCUGUGAUGUGGGGGAUAUUACCGUGUUCCAGAAUAGAAGAGUCUAUAUUAAAUCUAGUAAUUCCCUGCUGUUUAGUCCCAAGGUGAGAACACCUGUUGAUGGCAAGUGGACGCUGUCCAUCUCUGGCUCUACUCUGGACUUUGCCCCUGACAUGCCUCUGAUUGGUGGAGUGCAGACAGUGACGAAGGACGGGAUACCGUACACUUACUCUGGCGUGCCAGUCAAGAACAGAUACGAUUACAUGACCAACCUCACUGAUGUGGCAGAAAAACAGUAUGUACAGGUUGAUGCAGGUGCUUUAAGCCGUGUGAAGGGGGUGGCACUGCAGGGAGGGAUGUACGAUGUCCCCAGUAUCUCCACCACCGCCACAUCUCACGUCACUCGGUUCCUGGUCACUUACUCACAGGACGGUACCACCUACAAUACCGUCAUGGAUAACGGAGCACCCAAGGUAUUUGAAGGCAACAUGAAUGGACACGGGGCAGUCAAGGUGACAUUUGAACCCUCACUCCUAGCGUCCAGUGUGAGAGUCCACCCCGUGGACCAAGUCACUGACCCGAGUCCACCCAGCAGUGGCGCUGAGAUCCUGCUCAGACUGGGACUCAUGGUGCAAUCUUGUCCUGCUGCAAGUGCGCCCUCUUCAGACUGGGCUGUUGACUUCUGCGCUGGCUCCCCCUGUCAGAAUAGUGGCUCCUGUAUCAACAUAGGGAUGUUCUUCAUGUGUGACUGCCCAACUGGCUUUGAGGGGUAUACAUGCCAGCAUAACAAAGAUGAUUGUGCCAGUAAUCCCUGUGUGAGAGGCCAAUGUGAAGACAAGAGAAAUGGAUUCAAAUGUCACUGUCCUAUGGGAUACACAGGUAACAAAUGUGAAACUGAAAUCAACCACUGUGCCUCAGACCCCUGUCGUAAAGGCAGCUGUACCAACAUGCCGUCAGGAUACACGUGUACUUGUGAAGCUGGUUAUAAGGGCGUGAACUGCAGGGAAGAGACAGAUGAGUGUGAGUGUCAGCCUUGUCUCCAUGGUGGAGUGUGCGUGGACAAGGUGGCCGACUUCCAGUGUAACUGCACUGAUGGAUGGGAGGGCAAACGCUGCGAGAAGAUGAUUGACACCUGUGAGCCAUACCCCUGUGAAAACAAUGCCACCUGUCUGAGCUCAUUCAAUAACUUUGUGUGCAGGUGUCCCCGUGGUAGAUAUGGGGCAGCAUGUGAAAAUGAGGUCAAUAUCUGUACUAAUGCCAACCCAUGCCUAGAGGGCAGCACUUGCCAAGAAGAGAACGAACAGGUCACUUGUGACUGCAGAGAUGGUUAUUAUGGCCAAGGCUGCCAGUUUGUUAAGAACUAUUGUGGCGAGGAUGACUUUUGUAAGAAUGGCGGGACCUGUAUGUCCAUGCAUGCUGGCUACAAGUGUCAGUGUAGGCCAGGUUAUACAGGUGAGAAGUGUGAAGACAAUAUCAAUGACUGUCAGCCAGGGACAUGUCCAGGUGUGAACGCUACCUGUGUGGAUGGUAUUAACGCUCAUCUGUGUGUCUGUCCACUGGGGAAACUGGGGGAGGACUGUGACAAAGAUGUGGACUCGGAUUUUGACAUCAACUGUUACUCCCCCACCAAGUCUGGCCUGGCCUGGCUGGCCAAUCCAUUUGUGCUGGGAGGCAGUGGCUUCACCUUUAAAUUUGACGUGAGGUUUGCUGAAGAAAAUGGCACAGGAACCUUUGUCAGCAUGUUUGCCUCCACAGUCCAGUAUAAUCUGAAUUCUCUCACUGAGGUGAUCACAUUUGAUGAGGAAGGUGUCUGUGUCUCCUUCACUGGAACCAAACACUGUAUGAGAAAUAACCCAGUGGUACAGAUUGAUGUUAAUGAUGCUAAUUGGCAUGAAGUGGUGUUCACAUGGUCCUCUAGUACUGGACUUAUCGUCACUGUAGACAGUGUGGUGGUCAUCAGGAAUAUGACCUACGCCCUUGGUCUCACACUGCCACCCUUUGGCUGGUUUGUUCUUGGAGGCGAGUACGACCUGGACAGAAGAGCCGCCGUAGUUGGGCAAGGAUUCCAGGGCUACCUGAGCAAACUGACUGUGUUCAACCGUGUCUUCCUGCUGGCUGAUAUCCCUGGCAUUGGCACCGACAGGUUCAACGAUGACCGCAUCUUGUUGUGGGGAGACUACAGACUGAACAGAGGCUGUGUGAGGACAGGGAGCAGUACCGUGGGCACCACGCCCUGCCGCCCAGGGUUUGUGGGGCCAACCUGUGACCCUCAGCCAGAUGUCACUCCCCUCAUGAUAACCUGUCCAGCAGACGUGCACUUGGUGACCUCUACACGCUCCAAAUCCGCGGAGUGGGCAGACCCCAUAGUGAAUGGUGCAUACAAGUCACUCACACCAAGCAUGAUGAAAGGUCAAACUUUGGCAUGGGGCAGACACAAGGUCACGUAUCGUGUUGAAGAUUUUGCAGGAAAUGUGGCUUUCUGCAGUUUCAAGAUUUUUGUCAGAUAUGGCUGUACUGGUUUAUCUGAUGAUGGCAUCUGUUACUCUGCCUCCACUGUCACAGCUGUUCACAGUGACGUUAACUCAGGUUGUUCUAGGCAGUACGGUCUGAACACGGCCCCAGCCUCGGCACAGCUGCUGCAGAAACUACGGGAGCAUCUCACCAGUCGUAAUGCUUCCGGGGACUUCUACUGGCUUGAUGCCAAGUGGGAUGGUAUGAGUUUUAAAGACGCUGGAGGAAACACUGUAACUGUGGCAGGGUCAGAGCUGGCGUCUGCGCUGGGUGGGGCUCUGCCCACCUCAGGUAAUGAAGGCAUGUGCCUGGCACUCAGCAGGAGUGACGGGUUCAAAGUGACAGUCCAGAACUGCAGCAGUAAAGCCCACUAUAUCUGCAGCAGUGAUAUCACAAGUGGUAAUUGUGAGACACCAGCUCCUAUAAAGAAUGGCGUGUGGGAGUGCAGUGACGGAGGAUCUCAGUGUCGUCAGUGUAAAGUGAAGUGUAACCCCAACUAUGCCGUACCAAGACGUAUUCCUGAAUACUUCAGCUGUGGCCCUCUGGGAUACUGGGGCUCUGCCAGGACGCCAUCAGCCACAUUCCGCGUACCCUCCUGUACAUUAAAAAGUCAAAAAAGAGUGAGAGUAUAUGUACGUUUCCGUAUACAAGUGCCAGGCCCCCUCUCGACACAGCAAGCGAAUGCCAUCAAGGAUGCCGUCAAAGGCCUGAUCAGAAGCCAUUUUGUAAUUCUUAACAACCUCUGGAACAAUCUGUGGUGCUACAUCACAGACUGCUCUAGAAAACUAUCAGCAGACAACAUCACAGUAAUGCAGAGAUCGUCUGCAAGAAGGAGAAAACGUCAGAGUACUUCUGAGUUUGAUGUUACCUUUUCUGUUGGUGAUUUACCCGAGAUGAUGAACAACACAGGUGGAAAUGAAACGUUGACACCAUUGCAGAUUCUCCUACGGGAUGCACUGCAGCAAAAUGGAUUUAACUUUAAUAAUGACAUAGCAGGCAGUGUCACCCUCCCUGACCAGACGGUGAUCACCUCCGAGCCGUCCUGCGGCCCUGGCCAGACCCUAGUGGGCACAAGCUGCGUGGACUGUGCUGAGGGAACCUACUACAACAGCUUGACACAGACCUGUGACGACUGUCCAGUUGGUCAGUUCCAGAAUAUGACCAGCCAGACGUCGUGUAUGAUGUGUCCAGGAGGGGGCACCACUGAUGGCGCCGGGUCCACUUCUGUGGCUGACUGUAAAAUAUCAUGUCCAGCAGGCUCUUACUUCAGUAAAGUCAGUGGGUCCUGCAGACUUUGCCCGGUCAGUUACUACCAGGAGCAGACUGGUCAGUUCAGCUGUGACCCAUGUCCAGUAGACAAGGUGACCAGGGACCCAGGAGCCGAUAACUCUUCCAUGUGCUUCGAUGACUGUCCCAGUGGCAGUGAGCUGGAUGACCAGGGUCAGUGUGUCAGUUGUCCACGUGGUUACUACAGACAGCAGGGAGUCCAGCUCAGGUGUACAGAGUGUCCAGCCAACUUUAUCACACCUGGCAAUGGUAGCAUCACUGUGGCAGAGUGUACAGUCCCUGACUGUCAGCCAGGCUCCUAUAUAGACUCCAAUACUUGCACAGCCUGCGAUAACGGUUUCUAUCAGCCAGAGAAAUGGCAGACAUCUUGUAUCAGCUGUGGAGACCCUGCAAACUGGAGAACAGAUCAGAUAGGAUCCACCAUGCAGUCUCAGUGCAAAUACUACUGCCCAUCAGGGUAUGAAGUGCAGAACUUCACCUGUGUCGCGUGUCCAGUUGGUACCUAUAAAGAUAUCUCCAGCGGGAACUACUACGGAAUGUGCGACCCAUGUCCUAACAACAAGGUGACAGAGCAGGACACCUCCAUAUCUGUGGACAACUGUACCAUCUCCAAUUGCAGUGCAGGCUAUGCAUCAUAUGAGGAUGGUUCAGGGUGCUACCCGUGUCCCCGGGGUACCUAUCAGCCAGAAUCCCUCCAGAGACAGUGUUUACAGUGUAUCAACCGUACCAUGUACACCACACUGGAUGAAGCCAACACAAGUCCCAGUGCAUGUACAAAAUUCUGUCCUUCUGGACAUGAGAUUAUGACAGAUGGCACGUGUCGGCCAUGUGAGCGUGGUCUCUACAAGGACAACCUGGUGGGUCCUGACUUUGAACUGAACAGGUGCACGGCCUGCCCGCCUGGUGUGGUCACAGACAUAGGAGUCACCGCUGCCACCAAUGCCAGUAUAUGUACCUUCUUGGCUUGUGAACCUGGCCAUUAUUACCUGAAGCCUGCCAAUGCCUGUGAACCAUGUCUGAAAGGAGCAUACCAGCCCAACAAGUGGCAGGCACAGUGUCUGCAGUGUCAGUCUGGAGAAACCACCACAGGAACAGGCUCUAUCAAUGAGACACAGUGCCUUAAGUACUGCCCGUCUGGGNGAAGAGCUGGACUCUAAUGACAACUGUGUACCGUGCCAGAGAGGUUACUACAAAGGAUAAUACAGCGCUGCCAAACCAAGAGUUCAACAGGUGCACGGCCUGUCCAG